CGACACGCACAGGAGCAGUAACAAUCUGCCUUGUUUCGUAAACAGAUGAUAUUAUUAUAUACCAAAGAAGGUUUUCGACAGUAAACGAAGAUCCAAUAUGGCUUGGGCUGAACCCUUGGAUUUUGGUACGCAGGUUUCUUGGCCAGAUGGAACUGUUAUUGGUAAUAAUCCAGCAAGAAGGAAUGCAGACAGUAACAGCAGUAGUACAAAUGGAAACCAGAUGAGGACCUUUAUAGCGGAUCUUGCACCUCAUCUGCCAAAUGUGGUGUUGUUUGGAGUUGUACUUUCAAAACAGUCCCCCAGAUCUGUUGUCAGUAGAAAGUACCCAAACACUCAGAGGUACGUGUUCAGUUUUGUGCUGAGAGAUUCCGUCACAGACUUUAUCAACAUCUCAUGUUGGGGAGCUGGAGGCUUCAUCAAAGAAUUGGCAAAUAGUUUCAAAAUUGCAGACAUUGUGGUAGUGAAAAAUCCUUUGAUACAGGCCAAGCAGAGCUCAGAUUUUGAAGCUGAGGACAGGUUUAAGCCAUCGACUAGCAGUUCAUUUCAGUUAUCUCUGAGUGAAAACCACUCAUCCAUCCAACUUUACACCGGUAGUGAUGUGGACCAGUUCCAGAGUCUUCUGCAUCAGCCAAUCAAGGAGGGAAAUGACUACUACACUCUUGAGGAUGUCAUUGCGAAUGGACAAGAGCUUAGUGGACAACACAUUAAUUUGCUGGUACUAGUGAAGAGUGUUGGGAAUGUUAAAGAUAUUGUAACCAAAGACGGACGGAACAUCCAUCGCUGUGAGGUCAAAGUGUUUGAUGAUACUUAUCUAAAUUUCUCCAUCAUUAUGUGGGAUAUUUCAGUGAUUGAACAGACUUACACCUGGGUAUCAAAGGAUACAGUUCUUUUUUUCGCCGAUGUCCUCAUCAAGUUUGACAAUUUUAGGAUGUGUAUGACAGCCACAGUGGAUAGCAAGACAAUUAUCAUCACAAAUCCUGAUAGCCCCGAAGCUCACUCUCUGUAUCGGUAUGGUCAGGGCUGUUCAGACAGCAUUCUGAAUGAUCCAGACAACCAACCCAGUGAUGACUUGGAUCUAUCAACAAUUCAGGACGUGUACACUAUCCACCAACUGAACCAGAGAUGUGAAGAAGUGAAAAGCGGAAAACAACAGGCAGUUGUAUAUGGCAUUGUGUAUGCUGCCCUCACAUGCUUCAAUCUCGAUGGUCCUCUGCAUACUGUUAUAUCCUACCGCUGUGCAUCUUGUAAACGGCGAGUCAACCGUCAAACUGGUCUUUGUAGCAAUACCGAAUGUACCGUAGAUACCUCCGAUGACUCGCCAGUACCAGUAUUUGAUAUGAACCUUGCCAUAUCCGAUCACACCGGUACUAUCGAUAGCUGUCGACUGGGGGGCUCUGUAGCUGAACGCGUUUUGGAAUGCACGGCAGCGGACUUCUGCAUGAUGGAUGACGAAGAAAAAACGGAGAAGAAAUGGAAAUAUUUGCUGGAAAUGUGCAAGGUUUUCUUCAAGCUAAGCCCAGCUAUGCGGGACUCAGGUCUGGUGGUGAUGAUUCGAGUUUUGUCCUGCUCCAGAGCAGAUCAACAAGAGGCUGCCAGCUACAUACAGUGAAGGCUAGACUGCCAAGCAUCUGGAAUAGACAUAAUGGCGACUGUGAGCCAUUUUCAAUCAGAUAAGUUGGAGUACAUGAUGGCUCUACUGUCUAGAGGAUUCGUACGAUUACCUAUGGUGCUGUGUGUUGUCACUGGAGUAUCAAAUUUCAUUGAGAGUAUCAAAAUGAUGAUGAGAGAUGUACAACAGCAAUAUAUAUUAUUUAAGAAGUUGCAAUUUGAUUGUGUUUGAAAAUAUAUUGUUUGUGUGAUGCACACUGUUGAUUGAUGUUUACUUUUUAUAUUUAUUAUAAUAAAGUUUCAAAUUGUA